AUGGCCAUCUCUCUUGCCAACAAUAGCCCAACUCGGCUGGGUCUACCUCCGGACGAAAAGGGGCAGAAGCUGAGCAUGUGGCAUCGAUUGGGUCUGCGGCGAUGGCUGGGCCGAGACGAUCGAGAUGGCCAGGACUUCCCCCACCGACCCUCCAGCCCUCGCAAACAAGACAACCUGACUCGCCGUCUCUCGCGCCGAGUGGGCGUUGGCCUGCCUCGAUCUACUACCUUCAAACGCCAGAUCUCCGAACGCCGGGACCAUCUCGCACCGCUCGAGCCUGAACACCGUCGAGCACACUCGGCCGACCGUCGCACGCUGAGUGCCCAAAGGACCCGGUCUCCACCGCCCGUGGAUCCCCGACUCUCCCUGCCUGAGGUUCAGUGGCUCGGCCCGCCCGCAACCACGGUCGACGAGCCAGAGACGAGCUUGAACUAUGACCUAGAAACCGAUUCCCUCGAUUGGACCCCGGACGUGACAACCGCCCCGGAGGCACCCACACAGGACACCCUCGAGAUGGAGCUGGAACGUCGGUGGAUUCUGAACCUGAGCAUGCACUUCCGUGAUCGCUCCGAGCGGGAGAAGUUCUUUGUGACCUACGCCGAGACGCCUACCAAAUGGCGCCGGGUAACGAUCUCCUGCGAUUACAGGGCUGCUCCGCCGGAUUCGCUGGAGCAGGAUUUGAAGGAGCUCCGGUACCAGCGGGACAAGUGUGCCCGGAUCUACGAGUCCAUCCGCGAGUCCCUUUUGGAGAUCCAAUUCUACGAUACCGUCACCAAUUUGAAGGUGGAAACACGCGACGGCCGCCUCCAUGUCCAUGUUACCGAAGACGUCAACGAAACGAUCCCCUAUCCUCCGAUCUCGAGUAUCGGCCACCUGCCCGGCGCGCGGUGCGUCCCCGAACAAUUCCUUCAUUUCGAGUCCCAUUUGUCCGGAUUUGUUUAUAAAGUGAGGCUGGGAGGUCACGCGUAUAUAAAGAAGGAGAUUCCGGGCCCGGAUACCGUGGAUGAGUUUCUCUACGAGAUUAAUGCUCUUCACGCGCUGAGCGGGGCUCCCAAUGUGAUACAGGUGGAGGGAAUCGUGGUCGAUGAACGCCAGGAGGUUGUGAAGGGCUUGCUCAUCAAUUACGCCGAGCAAGGUGCGCUGGUGGAUAUUUUGUAUGAACAGAGAGGACGGAUUGCUUUUGGCAGGCGUGAACGAUGGGCCAAACAAAUUGUUCAGGGUCUUUGUGAGAUCCAUGAAUCUGGCUACGUGCAGGGCGAUUUCACGCUGUCGAAUAUUGUGGUGGAUGGAGAUGACAAUGCUCACAUUAUCGAUAUCAACCGCCGAGGCUGUCCUGUGGGAUGGGAGCCACCGGAAAUUGCUGCCAAAAUUGAGAGCAACCAACGCAUUUCCAUGUAUAUUGGAGUGAAGACUGACCUUUACCAACUCGGAAUGACGCUCUGGGCUUUGAUCAUGGAGGAAGAUGAGCCUGAGCGUCAGCCUCGCCCCUUAAUGUUCGACAUUGACUCAGAUGUGCCUGAUUAUUACCGCAGACUCGUGGAAAUCUGCCUCAGUCCAACCCCGCGGCAUCGAUUGGCGGCGAAAGACCUACUGAGGCUUUUCCCGCCAGACUUACUAUCCCGUCCUUUCCCUCCCCCAGGACGCCGAGUGAGUGGAUCGGAAUUGAGGCCUAUCGUCAUCAAAGGAAAUAGUAUCGGCUCUCCACUCACUCGCCUUCCGAACCGAAUCCCCUCGAAGACUUCCUUCGACCGGAAUUCUCUUAAAUCUCAUCCGUCACAGCCUAUUUUCUCCGAAAAUCACGACCAAGGAAAGGGAUCGACUCCCACUCUUACUGGCUCUAACCGAGGCGCUUGCUUCCCUUCUCGACAUUCGUCAGCCUCGACUUUGAACCACCACGAACACAAUGAAGUGCACGGUGAGAUCAACAAGGGCUGGGCCAAUUAUCAUCAACUAAAUUGCAACGCUGGAGAGCUCGCAAGAGAAGUUUCCUCAGAAAUUCAAACCAAAAAUGCAAAGCCACUUACCCCAGCCAACGACUGCGGCGUUGACCCAGUUGAGCAGCAGCAAGCACCACACUUGGAGGAAUCAACCAUUCCUUCGUGCCGCUACACGAAAGAACCGGUGCAUCCCGCAGAUCAAAUUGAGCCGAGUCCAAUGCAGCCUCUACAUAUUCCGGCAGUUCCCCCGCCGGUAACGAAUGACGGUUAUGAAGACGCUGCAGCUUCAGCGGGAGAAGAGGAGUGUCAGUCUAGACAUGAUGCUCCUGACACCGAGUCUCGGCCAGUGGAGGGCUUGGAGUCACCAUCUCUCCUUCACUCUGUUCUACCGAUCAAUCCCGCGCAUACUCUCUCUCGACGCAGGACUUUCCCUGCAGUUUCACAGGAUGUCAAAAUGUCUCCGUCACCCGAGAGAUUCGAAUUUGAUUCACCUCCUCUCGUCCAACUUUCUGAGUCGCUGCUCCCCAUCAAUCCCGCCUUCGGGGCGCCCGUCUCCAAAUCACCCCCCCUCGCUUUUCGAGUCCAAACUUCCUAUCAAUCCCGCCCAUAG